GCCGGAGCUGCGCUGCUCACAGCUGCGGGAGCGGUCGUGGUGGCCGCGCUGCGCCUCCCUGCACUUCCCGAGUGGGGGCAGAGCAUUAGCAGGCGGGAGACGUCAGUGGCUAGGCGGAGUGGACGAGGGACCUUCAAACUCCUCCUCGGAGGCUCCUCUCCACCCCCUUUGGCCCCUGCCCUUGGAGAAAGUGGAGUGUGGCGCUCGGGCUCCUGUUAUUUCUCAGGACUGCUUGGCGGUGGCCAGAUCCAGCCUCCUGCCCGGCGGGGCUUUCUGCUGUUUGCGCGUCUCCUGGUGGCGUUCCCCUUUCCCGGUACACCUCUGCCAACGAUGAGGAAAGGUCUGAGGGCGACAGCGGCCCGCUGCGGACUGGGACUAGGAUACUUGCUGCAGAUGCUUGUGUUACCUGCCCUGGCCCUGCUCAGCGCCAGUGGCACCGGCUCGGCCGCUCAAGAUGAGGACUUUUUUCAUGAGCUCCCUGAAACCUUUCCAUCUGACCCACCUGAGCCACUGCCACACUUCCUCAUUGAGCCCGAGGAAGCUUACAUUGUGAAGAACAAGCCUGUGAACCUGUAUUGUAAAGCCAGCCCUGCCACCCAGAUCUACUUUAAGUGCAACAGCGAGUGGGUUCAUCAGAAGGACCACGUAGUAGACGAGAGAGUAGAUGAAACAUCUGGUCUCAUUGUGAGAGAAGUGAGCAUUGAAAUUUCACGCCAGCAGGUGGAGGAACUGUUUGGGCCUGAAGAUUAUUGGUGCCAGUGUGUCGCCUGGAGUUCAGCAGGCACAACGAAGAGUCGGAAGGCAUAUGUGCGCAUUGCGUAUCUGCGGAAGACAUUUGAGCAGGAACCCUUGGGAAAGGAAGUAUCCUUGGAGCAGGAAGUCUUACUCCAGUGUCGGCCACCUGAAGGGAUCCCAGUGGCUGAGGUGGAGUGGCUAAAGAAUGAAGACAUAAUUGAUCCCGUUGAAGAUCGGAAUUUUUAUAUUACUAUUGAUCACAACCUGAUCAUCAAGCAGGCCCGACUCUCAGAUACAGCAAACUAUACCUGUGUUGCCAAAAACAUUGUUGCCAAGAGGAAAAGCACCACCGCCACUGUCAUUGUGUAUGUUAAUGGUGGCUGGUCCACCUGGACGGAAUGGUCUGUGUGUAACAGCCGCUGUGGGCGAGGAUAUCAGAAACGCACAAGAACCUGCACCAACCCAGCCCCACUCAAUGGUGGGGCCUUCUGUGAAGGGCAGAGUGUGCAGAAAAUAGCAUGCACUACUUUAUGCCCAGUGGAUGGCAGGUGGACUUCGUGGAGCAAAUGGUCAACCUGUGGAACUGAAUGCACCCACUGGCGCAGGAGGGAGUGUACAGCACCAGCCCCCAAGAAUGGGGGUAAGGACUGUGAUGGCCUGGUCCUCCAGUCCAAGAACUGCACCGAUGGGCUAUGCAUGCAGGGAUUCAUUUACCCCAUUUCAACUGAGCACAGAACCCAGAAUGAAUAUGGAUUUUCUUCUGCUCCUGACUCAGAUGAUGUUGCUCUCUACGUUGGGAUUGUGAUAGCUGUAACCGUUUGUCUGGCAAUCACUGUUGUGGUGGCCCUGUUCGUGUAUCGGAAGAACCACCGUGACUUUGAGUCUGACAUCAUUGAUUCCUCAGCACUCAAUGGCGGCUUUCAGCCUGUGAACAUCAAGGCUGCCAGACAAGAUCUCCUGGCAGUUCCCCCGGACCUCACCUCAGCUGCAGCCAUGUACAGGGGACCUGUCUAUGCUCUGCAUGAUGUCUCAGACAAAAUCCCAAUGACCAAUUCUCCAAUUCUAGACCCACUGCCCAACUUGAAAAUCAAAGUGUACAACAGCUCAGGUGCUGUCACUCCCCAGGAUGACCUUGCUGAGUUCUCAUCCAAGCUGUCACCCCAAAUGACCCAAUCCUUGCUAGAGAAUGAAGCCCUUAACCUGAAGAACCAGAGUCUUGCAAGACAGACUGACCCAUCCUGCACAGCAUUUGGCACCUUCAAUUCCCUUGGGGGUCACCUCAUCAUUCCUAAUUCAGGAGUAAGCUUGCUGAUUCCCGCUGGGGCCAUUCCUCAGGGGAGAGUCUAUGAAAUGUAUGUAACUGUACACAGGAAAGAAACUAUGAGGCCCCCCAUGGAAGAGUCUCAGACACUACUAACCCCCGUGGUGAGCUGUGGUCCUCCUGGAGCUCUGUUGACCCGCCCUGUCAUCCUAACUCUGCAUCACUGUGCAGACCCCAACACCGAGGACUGGAAGAUCCAGCUCAAAAACCAGGCAGUUCAGGGACAGUGGGAGGAUGUUGUGGUGGUUGGUGAGGAAAACUUCACAACCCCCUGUUACAUUCAGCUGGAUGCAGAGGCUUGCCAUAUCCUCACAGAGAACCUCAGCACCUAUGCCCUGGUUGGGCAGUCCACCACCAAAGCAGCUGCCAAGCGUCUGAAACUGGCCAUCUUUGGGCCCCUCUGCUGCUCAUCCCUAGAGUACAGCAUCAGAGUCUACUGCCUGGAUGACACACAGGAUGCCCUGAAGGAAGUUCUACAGCUGGAGAGGCAAAUGGGAGGCCAACUCCUAGAAGAACCCAAGGCUCUUCAUUUUAAAGGCAGCAUUCACAACCUGCGCCUGUCAAUUCAUGACAUCGCCCAUUCCCUCUGGAAGAGCAAAUUGCUGGCUAAGUAUCAGGAAAUUCCAUUUUACCAUAUCUGGAGUGGCUCUCAAAGAAACCUCCACUGCACCUUCACUCUGGAAAGACUCAGCCUAAACACAGUGGAGCUGGUUUGCAAACUCUGUGUGCGGCAGGUUGAAGGAGAAGGGCAGAUUUUCCAGCUCAACUGUACUGUGUCAGAGGAACCUACUGGCAUCGAUUUGCCUCUCCUGGACCCUGCUAGCACCAUCACCACUGUCACUGGACCAAGUGCUUUCAGCAUCCCUCUCCCUAUCCGGCAGAAGCUAUGCAGCAGCCUGGAUGCCCCUCAAACAAGAGGUCAUGACUGGAGGAUGCUGGCCCAUAAACUCAACCUGGACAGGUACUUGAAUUACUUUGCCACCAAAUCAAGCCCAACUGGCGUAAUCCUGGAUCUUUGGGAAGCACAAAACUUCCCAGAUGGAAACCUGAGCAUGCUGGCAGCUGUCCUGGAAGAAAUGGGAAGACAUGAAACAGUAGUGUCCUUGGCAGCAGAAGGACAGUAUUGACCACACUGGAACUGACAUCGAAGGACAGAAUUACACAGGGAAUCUGUGUUCAGGUGAACCACAUCUGAGGAGGAAAUCCAGAUAGGACCAAGGCGCUUUACAGGCAAGAUGGCAACAGGAAACGUGGGGGACAUAAAACCACCAAGGUACACGCCCACUUCAUUCGGACAGCACCACCACGGGAAUUAAGAAAAAUUGUGUAAAUUUGUACCUUGAAUUUAAGAAUCAAUCUAAUUUUCUCUUCGUUGGGCUGUAUGCUGUAUGGUACAGGAUCUUACAGUUUCCUAGGAAACGCUUUUUAUUGCUAUCCAGAUGUAUGGAUAAACUUUCUUAACAAACCCAGUUUCUACAAAUGUUGUUUACAUCAGAUUGGACAGGGAUCCAGACACUGUCCAUGGCUCGUUCUAUUUUUGUUCAGAUCAUUUGAAGCUGAAGCUGUGGACGGUUUAUUGUGUCUAUUUCAGAUUAGUAAUUUACAGAGACAUCACAGAAUUUUGCUACAAAUCGUGUACAUCAAGUGUCUCAGAUAAUCUUCCCAUCAGUGUUCUGUUUCUGAAACUUGUUGGACCAAUAUUGGCAUUGGUAUCAGGGAAGUGGAGAAUCUCAAUGUAAAGGAGAAAUUGCUAAAAUCCCCGACGUCAUGGGGGAACCCAGUUGGUCUCCUUUGGGAACAGAGCUGUAGCAUUAUUAUAGGGGAGGUAGUGACUCAUGUUCGUCCACACAAACCUUUCUGUACCAUGUGUGUGUUUGUAAUAAGCAAUUUCAAGUGUUUUUUUCUUAAAAAUAUAUUACCAUUAUUAUUGAUGAUUAUUACAAAUAUUCUAGUAAAAAGAUUUUUCUUUUGUUUUAGUUAGCAAUACUGUUAGUGUUUGGUGUUGACUAGACCUGCCUCCCUUUCUUGCUUAAAAAGGCGGGCUUGGUUACCAGUUUAGUUCAAUAGCUUUUGCUUCCUUGACCUUUGAUCUACUGAUCUGUGGUGGAAAAGACAGAAAUGCUCAGUGGCUAUGUCUGCUCUUUCAGCUUGCUCUUAUCAUGAGGGCAGUUCUCUAUGUAAAGCUCAUUUACUCUUGUAGCUGUCUAUCUGGGAGGCAGUGUGGUUAUGGGUAACAGUGUCUGAACUAGGAAUCAGGAAACCAGUUAGCCCUUGAAGAGUUGGUCCCUGUCUGGCUGUGUGACUUUGGGGAGAACAUUAAAACUCAAUGGAGUUCAUUGUCCUUUGUAAACUAUGGGGUUAGACCAGAUCAUCUCAGUGUUCCAGAAUACUAAUCUCCCAUUGUGAUGUCAUCAGCCUUUUACAUCUUGCAGGCAGGGUUGACUUGAACGGGGAUUCCUUCAAUGUGCAUCUAUUUGUUUGGCUUUGUAUCAUUGUUACAUGACAUUGUUCGCUAAGAGAUGGCAUCCUUUUAUCAUUGUCUUGACCUGUGGUGGGGCCCUACCCUCCAGCUUUCCAAUUAAUUAUAAAUUCUACUUUAUUCAUUUAUUGAUCUUGAGGUCUCAAGACCAUUUCUACAAAAGGCCCAUGCAGCUGAAGGAAUUGGUAUCAUUUUUCUUUCUUAACCUUUGCUUUAUUAAUAUUCAGUUGUAUUUACAGAGAUUCACUAGCUCCUUAAUCCUAUGAAAUGGUAGUUGUGCAUACUGUGAUUUCUCCUUGGGAUCAUCCUGGUUUUUGUUUGGUUGGUUGCCUUGUUUUGAUAUAGGACCUCCAUUCAGCAGAUGGUGAACAGAAAAUUAGCAGCCCCACAGUCACAGACACAGUUAAAUAGGAAGCACCCAAUGUCCUUAAGUCAGAAACUUCAAAAUGUGGCUCUGGUGUGCUUUGGGGGCUGGAAGUUUGCUGAGUGGAUCCAGGUUGCUGAGUGGAUUCCAUUGGGAAUCAUUUCGCCUAAUACCCCUCCAAUUCUUUUACUGCCUGAUACUCUCUGACUCUUCCAUCUUGGUCAUUAAAGAACUGUGGAUACAGUUAUGGAGUCUUCGCCUUCAUGCUGUUUUCCUUCUCUUUCAGAGAUAUAUUCUACAAUCUCUCUCUCUAGCCAUAUUCAUACGUAAAAAUCUUGGUCCCACUGAUUGUGGAAGGGAAAUUCUGUACUCCUAAACAAGUCCAGUGGCUGAUGCCUGUAGCCAUGAGUUUGUUCAAACUUUUAAGAGUUUGGUUGAUACUCUUAAAAAGCAAGAGGAAGAAAGACUUAUCUUAUACAUUGCUGCCUCUUGAAACAAGUGUGAAGGUUCAUCUUCACUACUUAGACUUUGGAACCAUCAAAGAAAUCCAAAUUGAGAGAUCUGGACUGUAUGUUCUGUGUAACAUCGAUGCUUUGUGCUAAGUCAAGUGGAACAAAUAUGUUGCUAUUCUGGUUAAUUUAUCCUAAAAAUCUGUUAAGUAACCAACACAGAAAUGCUGAAUAUAGCCAAAACAACGUUAUUGAAUCUUUUCAGAGUCCUCGGGUUCAAGCAUUUAGAGAUACUGGCUUUUCUAUUCAGACUCUCACAACAGGAAAAGGGAAAAAUGACUGAUCUCUUAUGAAGGAAUCAUUUGUCAUAAAACUACUUUCUAUCAUGUGAUUGACGGUUUCCAAACUAUAGCAUACCAUACAUCAAAUAAUUUUCACUAAGCAAUCCGUUCUUUUUUCUUUGGAAGAAAAUAAGAGUUGUUAGAGCGCUGCUUUCCAACACAUGAGGUUCACCUGCCACAGCUCAUUUUAGAAGGACUUUCAUCACCACCUCUGUGGCAAUGUGUCUGACUUCUACAGAGCUUCUGAGGAAAGUCUUGCUUGCUGUGGGUGGGUAGAAAAACUAUUUGUGCAUGGUGCCAUCUAGUGGCCUACCAUAUAGUUACUCAAUUUCACAAGCAGCUUUCAAAAAGUUAAGUACCUGUGGAGUUUGACAAGACAUUUGUGACAAACAGACGUGGGGAAAUUUCCCCAUGUGAGUAAUUCUCUUACUCUCACAUUCUUCAGUUAAAUUAUCCAUUUAAAAUUUUUCUGGGUAUAGUACCUCAUCAAAUUACUCACACAUCUUAAAUUAUUUUCUUGUAAUAGACAUAUACGGAAUCUACAUAAAAAUAUCUCUGAAAGUUGUCAUUCUUUAUUUAUGAAUGUUUGUGUUUUGCAUAUUUAAAAUAUUUUAAUUCCAAAACACUAACUUUUAGAAACUUAAGCUGUAUUCACAAAGAAGGAAACCUGUGUACCAAACACCUGCACACAUAUAUACAAACACAUGGUAUCCCCUUGGGGGUUUUAUUAUUUGAUUAAAUGUUCUCAAAUCCAUGAUGCUGUUUCCACAGCCUCUCAAGUGGUGAAAGUUUAAGUAUGUACUACUAUACCUGCUUAAACCCACUCUACAUUUGUAAAUGAAAAUCCUGUGUCUAUAGACAGGGACUUUGUGGCUAUUAAUUAAGAUGAACGAUCUUCAGAUGAAGCAGACCCUCUGAGAUUAGGAAUCUAAAGCUUCAUAUUCUCUUCUUAUUGUGAUGACAUUAAUUCAAAUUGGCCUCAGUACAUAUGUACAAGCAUGUGUCACAAGAGUCACAGCUAAGCAUCUUCAAAGCAGACAUGUUGUCUCUGCUAUACAAAGAAUUCCAUCCUUACCUGAGCAAAUAAAUCUCUUCAGGGAAGGAUAAUUUGGGGGAUGAGAGGUCCAAGAUCAAAGUAUAUCAUUAGCUACUUUCAUAUAUGCUAUGAUUUUAUAGAUUUUAAUUAUUCCACUAUCAAAGAGUAGAGACAUUCUUUAGGGAAAAGUCAUAAUGACUAUAUUUAGGAUUCUCUAGAACAUAAGUAUUAAAACCAGGUUUUAAAGACAUUUCUCUUAAAAUGGAUUGAAAAGGAAACCUUCAGAGGGUAAGGUUUAGACAUUUCAUAUCUGGAGGAGAGCAGACGCUUGCUUCCAUCUCUUUGUGCCUCUGUUGAGGACCUAGCAGCUGUGAUUCUGGGUCCUUCAUACCUCCAUAGCCACAGGACAAAGAGAGCUUAUAAGGAUGAUGUUCUGCCCCAGAAUCCAUACACAUCCCUAUAGUCUGUUCUCUGGAGCUAAUCAGUGUAGAAGAAUCAAUGUUGGAGAAUAUGAUAGACAAAGUAGAAAAGGUUUACUUCUUCCCAAUCUUCAAGAUGAACAUGAAUCUGAGCUGAGUAAUGGCUCUGGAAGAGUAAUCCGUUCAAAGAUAGAUGCUGGUGUAAGUUCAAGGUCGUGGUGGCAAAGGAGGAUUACAGAAACACAAUGCAGGUGGAAUUAGACUUGAGAUACCUUUUCUGAGAAGCUUUGUAAAUCAGAACAUCCUUGUUCAAAUCAGUCAUUUGUAAAGAUGAUAAGGGCCAAUGAGCAUCUUAUUUUAUAGAUCCAAAAGAAAAAUAUUUUUAUUAUUAUUCUCAAGAUAAUAAAACUGGUUUUGCCUUCUGAGUGCCUCGUGGGACCAACUAUCUUAUUCCUUUAGUUUUGUAUUGCUUUUGUAUUUUUAAAGCAAACUGAGCUGACAUUGAAUGAAAACCUUAUAACUCUUUGUCUAUACAACAAAAUACUGUUUUUCUGCCCCAAGAGAUCCGAUUAUGUCAUCUUUGCUUACACUGACCACUUUGACAGCCACUCAAUAACUUUUUGAUGGAAUUGGGAGUAUGAGGAAUACACUUAUUACAACCAAUACUAAUUUAUGGUCAUAUAGGCUAAAUAAGCCAUAUGAAGUCAUAAAUGUUUCCAAAAAUCUGACACUUAAGCUCGUUUGUUUAAUGAGUGGAGAUGGUCUGCAUGUACAUGGAUGGAGUAUCUCUUCAAACUAAGAGUGCAGUUAUGGAUCCUUUAGUCCUUUUGGCAAAAUGGUCGCCCCUAUUUUUUCUGCAACAGUCUUCAGAAAGUCCAGUGGGCUUGGCUGCUUCUUUUAUUGAUCUGUGGUGAGAUAUUAACAGGCUUAUUCAACCAAAGGUAUUUUCAGAGGCCUAUUUAAGUGUGGCUGAGCUAUCCUCAGGACAAAUAGACACACUCCAUAAACAUACUAGCAGUCAAAGCCAAGGAGAUGUAAGAGGUUACUUGCAAGUCUUCGGAAUACUCAACUUUAUAUGAAGGAAUCUGUGUCAGGAAUUACUAGUUACCUAAAUUGAAAGUCUCUGCCAUAUAUCAGGACAGUCAUGGUCAAACCCACUAUUUGUUAAGCAGAAAACCAGGGAGUGUCCCGAGAUACAAUCAGCUGUCUACCAGCCAUGUCAUUUGUUAUGGUACACCAGCUUUUUAUAUGUCAUUUGGGAACCUGUGCUAUGGCAGAAUUAUAAAUUGCAGGUAAUAGUACUGUAAGACCAAUUUUAAACAAGCUUAAACCCAUGCCAUCUUUAUAUGCCAAAGGCCUAAUGCCAUGGAGCCUGAUGACACCCAGCCAUGGUGACUGUGAACUGUGGGCCGGUUGUCCUGAUGGGCUGCCUAAGGGAUGAGCUCUCUGCCUGUGACCUUCACUCAGCAUGAUGAUGUGGCAACAACAAAGCAUCAUGAUGAGCUCUAUGCUGUGUUAAACCAGUUUUGAGAUAGCAUACAAAACAAAUCCACAGCUAGUAGAAAAUGCCUUUACCCUUCUUUGUGUUCCUAAAGUCAUUAAUGUCAUCUGUAACUGAACAUAUACAGAUUCAGAUAUAUUUUUCUCCAGAUUACUGGAAAAAAAGAGAAGCCAGUUGAACACAUGACUUGCAUUCUUUCUUUUACUUGUUCUUAGUCCUACUAUGGGUAUUGAUACCCUCACUCUUAGGACAAUGUAUUUAGCCAAGUUGCAGGGAAUAUUAUUACUGGGUGUUUAGUGUGUGUGUGUGUGUGUGUGUGUGUGUGUGUGUGUAUGAUGUUACAGUGUUGUGUGUAUUAAGCUUAAUGUUGAGCUGUAAGGAACCAGUAAUCUUCCUCCUAUUCUAAAGAAGAAAACCCAUAUUCAUGAGAGAACAAUCCUCAGCUUUCUGCUGAAAAAAGAGGCUGAGUCACCCUCCUGCUGUCUUCUUUGGACCAGUUCAACUUCAGAAGCAUCAGGUUGAAAUUUUAUGCUUUGUCAGUUUUUCUUUUUUUAGCAAAACAACAUGACCUUGGCUUCUCAGAUAUGGAACACUUCUUCCUUUGUUAUGGAAUUCUGUCUUGCUGUAUCUUCUAUGCAAUUCCUUUUCUAAUGACCCCAGUAACUGAAGAGUGCUCUCCAGCAUUUUACUCAUCGCCUUGCUGUGUGGUGGAGGUGAGGGAUACCGGCUUUGGGUGUGCCUCUUUUCUCUCCCUGGUUGCCUCACCCAAUUUUCCUGCAGUCCCCUUGGUUUGUAAAUUGCCUGCAUUUAUUCUGUCAGCCAACAUGUACAAAUGUAAGAAAGAAUUUUUAAACAGGUAAUAAAUUAUAUUUAUAAGCAA